AUGGCUUCUUCGGAGGAAGAUCAAGAAACCGGGAAUUUUUUGUCCAAAAUCUACGACUUUUGGAAUUCAGUUCGACCUUUGGUACACUCUCCACUUCCAACACGUGCUGCCCGUUCCCUCCGGCCACCUCGGUCGCCUAUUGAAACUUCGCAACUUGAAACGCGUGUCACAGAUUUUAACGACAAUUAUGACAAAGCUUUAGAAGAUAUUAAACGUUAUGAAGACUUUACUACGAUAGAUUGGGUUCAAGAUGCUAUACUUGAACGAUCAAGAAUGAAUGCGCUACGAACUGCGGCAAUUGAGAAUCGAACUUCAUGGAUGAUAUGGCUUCAUCUUUCUUAUGAAGCUGGUCAAGCAUGGAUUGUUGUUUUCAUUGUUGGUGCUAUUAUCGGCAUGAACGCGGCAAUAACUGAUAUUAUUACUGAAUGGCUGUCUGAUAUAAAAUUGGGCUAUUGCAAGAAUUCUUGGUGGUUAAAUCAAAAAUUUUGUUGUUGGGAAAUUGAACGAGAAGAUGGUUCAUGUGAGGAAUGGGAAAAUUGGUCGAGAUUUUAUAUAAUAAAUUGGUUUUUUUAUAUAUUUUUUGCGACUACUUUUGCCGCUGUUUGUGCUCAUUUAAUACGUUCCUUUGCGCCUUAUGCCGCUGGAUCCGGUAUUUCAGAAAUAAAAUGUAUUUUGGCGGGAUUCGUAAUGAAAGGAUUUUUGGGAAGAUGGACAUUACUUUUAAAAAAUAUUGGAUUACCAUUAGCGAUUGCGUCAGGUUUGAGUGUGGGUAAAGAAGGUCCAUCUGUGCAUACUGCUGCAUGUGUUGGAAAUGUUGUAUCUAGAUUAUUUGGAAAAUAUAAAAGAAAUAAAGCUAAAAUGCGCGAAAUUUUGUCUGCUUCAUGCGCUGCUGGCGUCGCUGUCGCCUUUGGUUCUCCCAUUGGUGGUGUUUUAUUUUCUUUUGAAGAAAUGAGCUCUAAUUUCCCUAUGAAAACGAUGUGGCGUAGUUUCUUUUGUGCUUUAGUAGCGACAGCUGUAUUACAGGCAAUGAAUCCAUUUCGUACCGGAAAAUUGGUAAUGUUCCAAGUUACUUAUGAUCGCGAAUGGCAUUCCUUUGAAAUAUUGUUUUUUAUUAUAUUGGGUAUCUUCGGGGGAUUAUAUGGUGCAUUAGUCACCAAAUACAACUUAAAAGUUCAAACGAUUCGAAGAAAAUAUUUAAAAGAUUAUGCAGUUGCUGAAGCGGCUGUGUUGGCGUGCCUUACCGCUUUUAUAGGCUAUUUCAAUAUCUUUAUGAAAGUAGAUAUGACUGAAACUUUGGGAAUUUUAUUUAGAGAAUGUGAAGAAGGAACCGCUGAUUAUGAAGGAUUAUGUCGGAAAGCUGAAACGACAAGAAUGAUUUGGCUAUUACUAUUAGCAACCGUUUUCCGGACAGGCUUUGUUAUUUUAUCAUAUGGUGCAAAAAUUCCUGCGGGAAUAUUUAUUCCGUCGAUGGUAGUGGGAGCAACAUUUGGACGGUCCGUAGGAAUAAUUGCAAAAUCUAUACAUUUAGCGUAUCCGCAUUUCCCGUUAUUUGCCACUUGUAAACCAGAUUUACCGUGUGUUACGCCAGGGAUGUAUGCAUUUUUAGGGGCUGCAGCUGCCUUGGGUGGUAUUAUGCAUCUUACCGUAUGUGUUGUGGUAAUUAUGUUUGAAUUAACGGGCGCUUUGACAUAUAUUUUACCCACAAUGAUUACUCUUAUGGUUACAAAGACUAUUGGAGACAUAUUGGGAAAGGGCGGAAUAUAUCCUUUAGAUAUGCUACAAAAUAUUCCUUUGGAAUUCCUGGCAAUUGCUACUGUAAUGCACAAAGAUCUUGUAGUCAUGAUGUCGGGUCAACGUUUAGAAGAAAUUGAGCAAAUCUUGCUUGAGACAAAUUACCGAGGAUUCCCAAUAGUCAAAGACAAAACGAGCAUGAUUCUGAUGGGAUAUAUCGGACGCGCAGAAUUACGUUAUGCAAUUGACUUGUAUAAAAAGAUGAAUGGCCGAUCAAACAAUGCAUACUGCUUUUUUGAUGGAGAUAGUCAAAACUCCGAACAUCUUAAUUUAUCUAAAUAUCUAGAGAUACCGUUUAGUGUAAGCUCAAAUACACCUUUAGAAAUCGUAUUAGAUCUAUUUAAAAAACUUGGACCACGUGCGAUCGUAAUCGAAACCUUAGGAAAACUAGUAGGUAUAGUGACGCGUAAGGAUGUUCUCGUUUAUAUAAAACAAUUAGAGAAAUCAUAA